CCUCCCUUCCUUCCUCUCUCUCUCUCUCUAGCUAGCCUCUUCCGUCCCUGUGGCGACCGAGCCAACCCUAACCCAAAUCUCCGGAGCAACACCACGAGAUGCUGAGGCUUGCGGGGAGGAGGCUCUCGUCGUCCCUCUCCUGGCGCCCCGCGGCGGCCGCCGGAGCCAGGGGCCCGCUCGCCGGCCCCGGGAGAGACGACGACGACAACUCGCCCCGCCAGCCGCGAUCCGCCAUCGACUCCCCCUUCUUCGCCGCCGUCAGAGGCUUUUCGUCGAGUGAAACGCUCGUUCCACAGAGCCAAGAUGCUGGGCUGGCUGGACUUCCAGCAACUGUGGCUGCACUGAAGAACCCCAACUCAAAAGUGCUUUAUGACCAGUACAACCAUGAAAGAUAUCCUCCUGGAGAUCCCAGCAAGCGCGCCUUUGCCUACUUUGUCCUGAGCGGUGGGAGAUUCGUGUACGCAUCUCUGCUGCGUCUCCUCGUCCUGAAGUUUGUCUUGAGCAUGUCAGCAAGUAAGGAUGUGCUUGCGCUUGCGUCCCUUGAGGUUGAUCUGUCCAGCAUCGAACCCGGCAGCACAGUUACUGUCAAGUGGCGUGGCAAGCCAGUCUUCAUCAGGCGGCGGACAGAUGACGACAUCAAGCUGGCCAACAGCGUGGAUGUUGCAUCCCUGCGCCACCCGCAGCAAGACGCUGAGCGUGUGAAGAACCCAGAGUGGCUGGUGGUUAUUGGUGUCUGCACUCAUCUUGGUUGCAUUCCCCUCCCCAACUCUGGAGACUUUGGCGGCUGGUUCUGCCCGUGCCACGGUUCCCACUACGACAUCUCUGGCAGAAUCCGCAAGGGCCCUGCCCCGUUCAAUCUGGAGGUCCCCACCUACAGUUUCUUGGAAGACAACAAGAUGCUUAUAGGCUGAGAGCCUAAGACUUGGCACCUAUCAAUAUACAUUCUUCACAGGGGUGAAUCCCUGUCGUGCUGUUAUUUUUUUUUAUCAAACAAUGUGGCUAGGACUUUUUGUUUCACGACUAUCGUCGCAGCGCCGAUCCACUGGUAUCUACCUGAGUGCAUUUUGCAGUGCAAAAUAAUUGUUUCUGCUAUGUUGCUACUGAAAUGUAAAAGUUAUUUGGAGCUGAUAUUUCUGGGACACAAUUGGAAGGAUAUUGGAUA